UAUUUCUCUCUCUCCUCCUCUGAAGAAGAAGAAAAAAGAAAGCAGAACAGAGCACUCUCAACAAUUUUUUUUGGGGUGCUCUGUGGUUUUUCUCCCCCACAAAAAACCCCAACAAUCACUCGAAUUCUGUCUUCUUUCGAUCUCCCGACCGACGUAGCCGCAAUCGGCAAUGCGCGAUCUCCAUUUCGGUUGUUGUUUUGGGUCCUGAUGUUGUGAAUUCGGAAGUUGUUUUUCCACAGCUUUGAGUGAGGAAAAAAAAAAAAACAGAGACUGUGAAGAAAAAAAAGCAGGGGAAAAAGAAUGCUGCAGGCAAUGGAGAGUUCGGUGAACGGCGGCUACGGCGGAGGAGGGUUCUCGCAGUUUCAAAGCUGUGGCGAUAGCAGCGAGGAGGAGCUCUCCGUGCUGCCGCGUCACACUAAGGUGGUGGUGACCGGGAAUAACCGGACCAAAUCGGUGCUUGUGGGGCUGGAAGGCGUUGUCAAGAAGGCUGUCGGCCUCGGCGGUUGGCAUUGGCUGGUUCUUACAAAUGGCAUAGAAGUGAAGCUGCAGAGAAAUGCACUCAGCGUACUGGAGCCACCAACUGGUAAUGAAGAUGACGACGACCUCGAAUUCGAGACCGCACAGUGGAAUGUUUCAGAUAUGAGUGAGUGUUUCUAUUAACCGAAUGCUUGUUUCCUUAAUUGGUACACACAAUUUGCCCUUUUGGUUCAGUAUUUGUUCAGCAUUAGUUCAACACUUCUUGCCAGCUAAUGAACAGCUCUUGCGUGCUUUGUAUGGUUGUUUAUUGUAAUUGAGACCGUAAUGUAAUUCAGUGGUUGAGCAUUUAACACAGUGAUGUUGAACUCUAUCUGCUUUUGUCGUUGUUAGUGGAAAAUUCGAAGGGGAGAAAAAAAGGAAAAGGAAGUGAUCAAAGAGUUUGGUGCAUAGGAUCCAUUCUGUCUCCACCUUUAAACUUUCACUUUAGCCAAAAGCUCCAUUGUCUUAUUAUUACGCUCUCUUUAUCCUUUUGUUUGGAGUGGACCCAUGGUUUGUGCUGACCUUUGAUUCGUUUCCAUUGUAUUCUUUUGGGGGGUUUCAAUGGUCCAGCAUCUGAUGAUACCCAGAAGUCCCACAGAUCGCGGCAUAAUAGGACGCACAAGUCAUCAGGAUCAUCUAACAAGUCCUUCAGCAGAUCUCUAUCUUGUGACUCACAGUCCAAGAGUUCUGUUUUUACUCCUCGUGGGUCCGCUGCGAAGGUUGACCUUAGCAAGCUGGAGAUGGCCGCAUUGUGGAAAUAUUGGCGACACUUCAAUCUGAUGGAUGCUUUCCCUAACCCAUCGAAGGAGCAGCUAGUCGAGGUCGUGCAAAGGCACUUCAUGUCACAGCAAAUGGAUGAGUUGCAGGUCAUCGUCGGAUUCGUUAAAGCAGCAAAGCGACUGAAGACGGUGUGCAAAUGAUGACCACAGAUACUACUACAACUACUGAGAUUGGUAACGAUGAGGCUCAUGAACUGUGAGAUUUGAGUUUGAGGCCUCAUCUCAAUGCUAACCAGAUUCACCCUUCCCUUUCUGGGAUGUCCCAUCUCCCCCCUUGUUUUUACCCUUGUCUUUGCUUUUGCUCAAUCUGCAAUAUAUACAGACCCUAAGGUGUAGUUUGUUCGUCGUCUUGUCGUGUCGAUUUCUGACGCUCUGAGUUCUGGUGAUAGCAUUCUGGGUAGCGGUUGGACUCUUAAAGUCUCAGCUCAUUUGGUUGUUGAGAUUUAUAGAGGUUGCGGGUGGUAAGUCAAUGUAAUAGUGGUUACCAGUAGAAGAGUUUAUAGUAGUAUGUAGAUAUAUGGUCAUAGUAUAUAAUGAUAGUAGUAAGGAAAUAUGUGUGGACAGAUCAAAUGUAUGUUCUGAGUUCUGACUGUGAGGGGGGAAGUUGGGAUUUCAGUUGGAAAUUGUAUAUAAAAUCUUUUCAUAUUGGCUCAGUCCUUUUGACCCUUUGCUUUACUGCUUAAUUAGUGUCAAUUAGCGUCCUUAAUGAUAUCUUAUCAGGAGAGGAAUGGGAGGGAGUCAAAGUUAUGAUCUUUCAAUCUAUAUCUUAAUCAGGCUUUGUCGAUAGUGGUGAAUUAUUAUUAUUAUGUUUAAUUAUUUGGGAUAUUAUGAUUGAUUAUGAUGAUGAUGUGUGCAUUGUUGGGAUUAGAGAAAUUAGGGGUUUAGGUCUCAGUGAAAUGAAAGAUGGCGGUGGGUGGUUGUAGGUCUCAACUGUUUCUGUUUUGUAGUUCAUUUUCGUAUUGAAAGCAACCAUAUAUAUAUAUAAUAAUAAUGGAAGGAAGGAGUAAAUAAAUAAUGAAAGUCGGUGU